CUUUCCAGUUUUGGAUGAUAGCAGAUUGCUUCUGGUUUCGUCAUGCAGCGCGGAGUAUAAAACCAUAGAGUUGUCACAAUAUUUGUUUCAUUAAAACGUUUGCCGUCUUAAAAAGUGUUGGUAGUGUGUUUUCUUGCUUCUUUGAUAACAUCUGUCCUGCAAUAAUGUCUAACAUUGCAUUGAUUUCUGCACCAUUCCUUCGUAAUUGUGUUCGAAAUUUGAGAAAUUUCGAGCGUUGGCAAGUAUGCCCGAUUCGUGGGUAUUGGCGGCGUCGAGAUUCACUAUCCGAGAUAUCUUCAGCUUUCCAAACAAUGGAAAAAUAUAUGAGGGAAAUGGAUAAAGAAAUGAAUCGAGUGUUCAAUGACAUACAGCGUGUCAGCCCCGUCAGAAUUCCUCGAAUGUUUUCACCAUUUGGAAGUGAUUCAGAGAAAGAGUUGCCCAUUAUAUCUACAGAUAAAGAUAGCAGAGUUUAUAAACUAGAGCUGGAAAUGCAAGGCAUGAAACCAGAAGACAUCAAGUUGACUGUAAAGCACAAUGAACUGACUGUCCGCGCUCGUUGUGAAGAGGAGCGAUCUGAUGGAUCUCGCUACGUAAAAGAGAAUAGUUACCAUUAUACAUUGCCAAAAGAAGUGAAUCCAGACAGUAUUCGUUGUUCAUUAACUGAUGGAGUUUUAACAAUCGAAGCACCUUUGCCAGCUUUGGAAUCUAAAGAAAUACCUGUCACAAUAGAAAGUGAUGAGCAAAAGAACAGUUCUGAUAAUACUACUAAGAACUGAUGCAUUGUGAAUGAUGCAUACUGGUACUUCUGUUUAUAUUAGAGACCUAUGUGUAGGUAAUCCUCUUUGUGUCUUCAUUAAAGACUUUUUUUCUAAAGGUUUUUCUUUUUCUUUUAGAAAUUGUUAAGCUAAGAAUGUUUC